AUGUCCGCCAGCAGCCCUCAGCUCAAAGCAUUCAGGGUGGACACAGAAGAGUGGAGCCGGUGGCAGAAUGAGUUUCGAGGGCAGAUUCGGGCACUACGCCACUGGCUAAAGAGCAUGGAGAUGAGAUUACCGUGUGUGGAUACUGCAAGUACCAGGAGUACUUUGGCUCUGACAGAUGGAUUUGGAGAUCCUGAAAUGUUUAAGCAAAAUCUGCAGACAUUAUUAACAUGGGUUUGUGAGAUUGAAGAACUCGUGGCAAACCAAAAACCUCCCUCAUCUGAAUUUAAAGUGGUGAAAGCUCAAGUUCAAGAACAGAAGCUUCUGCAGCGUCUUCUAGAGGACAGGAGGUCUAGUAUGGAAAGUAUGAUGCAGGAAGGCCCAACAUUAGCAGAAGCACUUGAGGAAGAAGACAGGGAAAAAGCCAAACUACAAAUUUCCCAACUUAAACUGAAGUGGGAAGCUCUUCUUUUAGGUGCUAAUAGCAGGAGACAAAGCUUAGAGCUAAUAUUGCCCCAGGCUCAGCUCUUUCAGGAGAGAAUAGAUCGUCUUCAUCAGUGGCUAAUAUCUGUGGAGCAGGACUUAGCUGAACUCCGAUCUGCAGAGAGAGCAAUGCUCCAUUUACAGGAAGCCACUGAUCAGGCUAAGGCAGUUACGGAGGAAAUAAAAGCUAAGAGUGCUGACCUGGGAAAACUUCAACAGUGCUCCCAUGACUUCAUAGCGAUAGUCUCAGAUGAGGAGUCUCAGCUGGUACAAGAGAAGACAGAUAGCUUGAGGAUCCGGUAUUCAGUGCUCAGUUUAGGCAGUGCUGAUGUGCUGCAGAGGCUGGAGCAGGCACUGGAGGCUUCUAGUCGAUGCACCUCCAGUCAGGAAGACCUCCAUCUGUGGCUGGGCCGCAUUGAGAGGGAACUUCUGGGAUCCUCUCAGACUGGAGAUGCUGUGCUGUGUGCUGCUGAGAGACAAAGGUUGGAAGAAGCAGUUGAAAAAGAAUUGGCCUGGUUUCAAGCUACAACCCAGGGACUGGAAAAGCUCAGAGUCAUCGAUCUGGACCCUGAUGUCAUUGCUACCCAUCUUUAUGAGCAAAAAAUUCUCGCAGUGGAGAUUCUUCAGCACAAGUUUAACUUGGAGAAAAUGGUGAAGGUUUCUGAACUCUUACAAACAUAUACUGAGAGUGAGGAUAUGGGAAGACUCCAGACAAGUCUGGAUACUCUGGAAAAGCAGUGUCAGAUAACCACUGGCACUAAUUCCCAUGUGGUGCUGCAGCUGGAGCAUGCUCAGUCUCUCUUGUCCCAGUUCUCAGAAGGCUAUGCCGAGGUGGUGCCAUGGUUACAGGAAACUAAAACCCUUACUGACCAGCUUGCUUUGAACACCAUCAGUUACGAGGCAUUCAGAGAACAACAGGAGCUCUUACAGAGCCUAAGGGAGUCUAUAGCUGAGCACAAACCUUUAAUAUACCGAUUAGGAAUGUUAGCCAAGCGUCUGUCAGACCUGAGUCCUGAUCACGCACAGCAAUUCUGCCAAAAAGCAACAGAGGCUGAGGAGCACUACCAGACCAUCCGAGACAGAGUCAGAGAAGCUGCUGGAGUCCUUGAGGAGUCUCUUCCUCGGUACACACAGCUGAACGAGAGAAUGAUUCUCAUAGGGGAAAGUCUGGAGCGUCUUUACAACCACAUGCAGGACACAGUCAUUCUGCAGGGUCUCACCCCACGCAUCCAGGAGCAGCUAAAGGACAACAAGAACACUCUGGCUGAGCUCUCCAAACUAGAGCUAAGCCUGGAUAGUGUGAGGACUCAAGCUGAGGAGCUGCUGGCAAACACACAAGCAGUGGGAGGCAGCCUUAUAGGCACAGCUAUCCAGGAGCAAGUGAGCAGCCUGGCCAGCCAGUGGGAGGAGACUCAAAGGCAAUGUCAGGAGAGGGAGAAGUGGCUCCUUCACCUCCUGGAUUUGGCUACAAGGUUCUGGAAUGAUGUAAGCAGUAUGACAGUUGGGCUGAAUGAUACCCAGCAAACACUGCUAGAACUCAACUCAAGCAGAACAGACUCCGAAACCAUCCAGCAGAGCCUCGUCACAAUGCAGACACUGAAAGAGGACAUUGAUGGACUACAAGGAGAACUGGACACACUUGGAGUUUUGGGAAUGGAACUAAUGUCUGCAUGUGGAGACACAGAAAAGCCAGAAGUUACAAAAAGCUUAGAUGAGCUCUACUGCACAUGGAACAAUCUAAAUAAGAUUUGGACUGAGUGCCACAAUAAGUUAGAAGAAUCUCUACAGUUGGCUUUGAAUUACCAGGACACACUGCAGGGGCUAUUCGAAUGGCUUAAGUCAGCAGAGCUGAAAUCCACUGAAGAGUUUUUAGUAGGAUCUGAUCUUGGAUCUGUCAAAGAGCAGCUGUGUGGUCUGAAGGACUUCAAGCGGGAAUUAUACCAGAAAAAAAUUGAGAUUGAGAGUUUGAACCAUCGUUUUGUGGGUCGUCUCUCUCCGGGCUCUGUGCGGCCUGGGUCUGCCUCACCGCUGAGUGAUUUUCGUCAGCGCUGGGACAGCCUGGAAUCAGAGACUGUCAGCCGACAACACCAGCUGGAGUGUGCACUGCUGGGAUUGGGACAGUUCCAAAACAAUUUUGAUGAGCUGCAUGCCUGGAUCUCCCACACUGCCGAACUGCUGCAGGCAUCGCGGCCUGUCAGCCUUGACCUACCGACUUGUGAGAUAGAGCUGGCCAAGCACAAGGUGCUGCGCAAUGAUGUGAUGUCACAUGCACACACUGUGGAGUCUUUGAACCAGGCAGGAAAGGUCUUGCUGGAGGGCUCGGGAGAAGAGAGCCCUCAGGGGCUGCAGCACCGCCUGGAGCAACUAAAUGAGUCCUGGGAGUUUGUGCGCUCUGAGACAGAAAGGAGGCAACUGGAGCUGGAGAAUUAUCUUAGUCAAGUUCAAGAUGUAACAAUGGAAAUCCAGGAUCUUCUGCAGUGGCUGGAGUACACAGACUUAAAGCUAUCCUCCACUAAAACUGUAUGGGGAAUGCCAGACUCUGCUAGUGAGAGACUCGGUGCUCAUCUGGAGUUGUGUAAUGAAAUGGAUUCUAAACUUCAUGCCUACACAAAUAUCUGUAACGCUGUCCGCAGGAUGUUGGAGGGCAGCAACGUGGCUCAUGGCUCCAGCACUGAGCACAGCUUAAGCAUAGUGGAACAGAAGUGGAACUCUGUCUAUGCGAAAAUGCAAGACCGCAAGUGUAAGUUAACAGAAGGACUUGGGCUAGCAAAGGAGUUUAACAGCAAUGUCCAAGAUCUGCUGAGCAAAAUGUCAAAGUGUGAAGAGGUCAUUAGUACCCUGUCCACUCCCAGCUUCAUCCUCAACACCAUCAGCACCCAGCUUCAGGAACACAAGAUGUUAGUGAGUGAGGUCCAGUCAUAUGGGGAGAAGAAGACGUGUGUGGAGAAUGCAGCCUCACAGCUUUUGGAGCUUAGCAGGAAAGAGGACUGUGAUGUGGUACAGAAUCUACUGAUAACUGUGCAAGACCGCUACAGAAAGCUGCACCACCACACCACAGACAGAGGGAAGACUCUGGAGGCGGUUAAAAAACAAGUUAAAAAGUUCAAUGAGUCCUGGCAGCUUGUGAUGGACUGGAUGAAUGAAGUGGAACACACACUGGACACACAUAAGGAGAUUGCUGUGUCACAUGAAGAGAUCAAACAGCAGCUCCAUGAGCAGAAGGAAUUCCAUAAACUCUUUCGCUCUAAGAGGCCAAUGUAUGAGGCCUGCUUGAAGAGUGGUCGCACUCUUUUGGAAAAGGCACAAAAGACUUUAGACACCGAACAUCUUGAGAACAUGGUGUCUGAACUCAGAGACUCAUGGGAUACCAUCAGUGGAAAGUCUAUAGAGAGGCAACAUAAAUUGGAGGAGGCACUGCUGUUUUCUGGGAGGUUCAGCGAUGCGCUCCAGGCACUAAAUGACUGGCUGUACCGGGCAGAGCCACAAGUUGCUGAAGAUAUGCCUGUUGGUGGCGAGAAAGACUUGGUUAAUAAUUUAAUUGACAAACACAAGGUGUUUCAGAAGGAGCUGGGGAAGCGUGCUGGCUGUAUUCGCACCCUGAAGCGUUCUGUAAGAGAUCUGACUCGGGGAAGCACUGCUGAUGCCCACUGGCUGCAGGAGCAGAUGGAGGAGUUGGAGGGACGCUGGGAGGCUGUAUGUAAACUCUCAGUGUCCAGACAAACCAGACUGGAGGCAGCAUUACGACAGGCGGAUGAGUUUGACAGAAUGGUUCAUUCAUUCCUUGAUCAACUUGCUGACACUGAAAGGGUUUUGAAAUACGGUGCACUGCCUGAAGAAGAAGAGGCUCUCCGAAUAUUUCUAACACAACACAAGGAGUAUUUGAGUUCUUUAAGUGCUCAUCAGAUGGCUCUGCAAUGUAUACAAACCUUAGGUGAAGAGAUUUUGUACUCCUGUCAUCCUGAUUCUGUUAUUACUAUCAAAUCAUGGAUCAGUGUCACCAAAACCCGCUACGAGGAGGUCCAGACAUGGGCACAACAGCAAGCCGAGCGAAUCCAAGCUGCGCUUUCUGCUCUGGAGGCUGAAAGAAAGGAGGUGCAGCGUCUCCUGAACUGGAUCUCCGCUGCUGAAGAAUCCCUGCACCUCAGAGACCAGGAAGGCUUGCCUGAUGAAAUAGAGCAGACAGCAGAGCUCAUCACACAGCACAUGGGAUUUAUGGAUGAGUUAAAGAGUAAGGUCAUAGAAGUGGAAAAUGCAACUAAAUCCUGCAAACACAAGCUGAUUCCUAAGAAGCACGUGUCUCCAAGCCAUAAGAUGCCAAGCAAAAGGAGAGCUGCAAUAAAGUCCCAGACCUCAGUUUCUUUGCCCCUCGAGAGACUGGAACCUCACACACCCCAGUUGUGUCAAUUGGUUAGCCAGUGGCAGAAACUGUGGGUGCAAGCCCACAGCAGACAGACCAGACUUGAAAAGCACCAGCAGAGGCUUAGAGAGUUAGAGGAGUUUGCAAACUUUGAUUUCAAUAUCUGGCGCAAGAAAUACAUGCAGUGGAUAAGUCACCUCAAGUCUCGCAUUUUAGAUGUUUUCCGCAGCAUCGAUCGAGAUCAAGAUGGUCGAAUCUCCCAAAAGGAGUUCAUCGACAAUGUUCUGGCCUCCAAAUUCCCAACAAAUUCCUUGGAAAUGAGAGCUGUUGCAAAUAUUUUUGAUGUGAAUGGAGAUGGCUUCAUUGACUACUAUGAGUUUGUGAGUGCACUCCACCCAAGCCGAGAUCCCUACCGAAGAACAAUAGAUGUAGACCAAAUCAACGAAGAGGUGAGCAGACAAGUUUCCCAGUGCAGCUGUCCAAAGAGGUUUCAGGUGGAACAGGUUAGCACUAACCGUUACAGGUUUGGAGACUCUCAGCAGUUAAGAAUGGUACGUAUUUUACGCAGCACACUCAUGGUACGUGUUGGUGGAGGAUGGACAGCCCUGGAUGAAUUUCUUGUUAAGAAUGACCCUUGCAGAGUGAAAGGUCGGACAAACCUAAAGAUAAAGGAAAAGUACCUGUCCCCUCAUUCUUUUGAGGCAUCUGGUUGCAGAGGAGGCAAAGGAAUGACAGUGAGCAGGUCAAACUCCAGCCUGAGUUUAUACAGUAGUGCAUCAGCUCCUAGUAGUCCUUUAUCUCGAAAGGCACUGUUACGCAGAAGUUUCUCUGGGGAGCGGUGCAUUCGGCCAAGGAGCUCUAUAGCAGCAUUAGGAAUGGAUCAGUUCUCUCCAGCAGGAGAUGAUGAUUCUCCCUCUCCUUCAGAAGAAGCUGAAAGAGCACCCACAUGAUUCUACCCUUAGCUCCCAGCAUGUACAGUUAAAGCAACAGGACUCAGAAUCCUAUGAUCAGAGGCCCAGAAAGUGGUACAGACCAAAAUGGAAGAACUUAGUUCAAAUGGUCCUACAACAUACAUUGAAGUGCUCCACAUGAACCUUCACACACUCACCCUGGCUGAUUGACGUUUUUUUUGUUUGUUUGUUUAAGAGUUGGUAGAUCAUCUUUCCAAAGUACAAAGGCGUGGUGGGAAUUCUAUCCACAGUCAGGGAUUAUGCAACCUUAUUCCUUCUCACAACAUUACGUUCUGCCAGCUACUUAAAUUUGUAUUUAUAUAUUUUUCUUUUGUGCUUUUUUUUCCAAAGCAAACACAGUAUAUCCUACCCUCUGUUCUGAGAGGCUUGAAGUAGUGGAAUGUUCUGCAUGGGUAUUAGCUGCAUGAUGCUUCUGCUCUCCCAAAUCCCGUAUAUAUUGGCUUUACGUAUACUAAAUACAGUAAUGCGCCUAGAGGGCCUUUGUGAACAACAAAAAUGCAAUUGUCUCUUUUUUUUUAACACGCAUAUGCACAUGUUCACAAACAUCAGUGUUCUGUUCAUAAUUAUGUACAAGAGAAACUGCAGAUACUGAUGCAAACCAAAACGGACAGACCUCAUUCAACUGCCUUAAAGCUUGAAUGAAUGUACUCUGUAUUAAUAUGUAUGGUAUAGUCUGGAAAAAAAACAGAUUGUAAGACACAUUUGUAUUGAACUUUGUAAGUGUGGCUGUAGAGUUUCCUCAGGUUUGAUGAGUUGAACUAUUUAAAUGUUUAGCAGCAAUUUUCCCCUUGUACAAAGGUACACUGUUAGAAGACUUGACAAACUGAACAUCCAAAAAGAAAUGUUUUUCACUGCAAUCAAAUAUAAAAUAGACUUGUUUUUUUUUUUUCUUUGUGGCUCAUGUUAAUGUCUUUGUAGAGUAAAUAUAUUUCAACUUGUAUCCAUGCUUAGAAUUCUAAAUAAAUAAUUAUGAACAAUCAACUUUAAGAGUUUCCCUAAGAGGACAUGAAAGUGUAGGUCUCCAUGAGAUUAGCAAAAAUACGAAUUGUCCAACAUUCCCUGCCAGUCUUAAACUGUAUUUUAUUUAAACCAAAAGCCACGUGUAUACAGUAUGAUCUGUUUUUGUAUUAUGACUACAGGGCUACAUGUCCUGUAUGUUCAUUUUAUACCUUAAAGAAUGUCUUGGUUGUGGCCUUUGGUUCAUAUCACAUUACAUGCAUGUGCCUUUUUUUGUUGAUACUACAUAUACAAUGUGAAUACUUCUGAAGUCUGUGAACACUCUUUUAUCAGUUGUCCACUGACUGCAGGACCAAUGGUGCAAGAAUGACUAUAAGUACAAAAUUCGUUUACAGAUGUUUAUGGAUUUUUAAAAAAUCUGCCACUGUAUCUUUAUUAUUAUAUGUAUAACUGCUGAAACACUGGAAAAAGCUUUUGCCCGGAUAUGCACCUUUCCGGUGACAUCCAACAAAUCACUGCAUGAACUUACGCUUAAAUAUUUGUAUUUCGUUGUAGAUAAAUGUAACUAAUAAGAUAUAACUUGUAAAAUAAAUUACUUUGUAGAAUGCUGUUUUAAAUUUGGUUUUAUUUUAAGAAGUUAAAAAGUUCUUCCUUUUUCUCUCUGCUAUAAUAUAAUGAUUAGUCAUCCUAUUGCGUGUAUUUAGUGUCAGUGUAUAAAUAACUGCAUUAAAAUGAGCUUUAGCAUAAAUUAAAAUGUCAAUAACCUUGCUUUGGUAUAGUAUAAAUAAAGGGUUUUUUUUAGUCUCUAGUUUUAUGACAUUCAGAGAAUCGCUGAAGUCAUCAAGAGACUCCAACUCUCAGUAAAUGCCAUAGUCUACAAACACAGCCACUGGCAACUACACUUCCCAGCACACAUGCACCUUGUCACAUUCACAGACACCUGAUUUCUGCUCAUGCACACCAUCACCAGCAAACAAUAGACACUAUAAAUGAGUAUGUUAGUCACCCAUCCAUGUCAUGAUGUAAAUGCUCAGUGUGCCUUUACCUGACUUUAUCAAACCUUCUGUUUAUAUAUUGACUGCCUGUUUUUAAGGUUAUUGCCUUGUCAUAUUGUUGUGGUUUGCUGACCACUGAAUCCUUUGCCUGUUUUUUUUAACUGCAAAAGUUGUACAUUUGGACUUGUUUGUCAACUUUCUGUAUUAAAAUGCUAAGCUACAUUUGCAUCUGCUUGAAUUUUUAUUUUAACCAUUUCAUCUGCCACUGAGAGCAUGGAGGAUGCCAAACAAAUUGAAAUACA